ACGUUUUCUUCUUCCUUACGGGGGUUAAAAAGGAGACCCCUUCUUUCUGUUCUGGGGUUUCGUCUCUCUUCUCUUUCCUUCUCUCUCUCUCUCUCUCUCUCUUUAUCCCUCCAUCUCUCUCUCACCCUCGUUCUCUCUCUAUCUUUGUCCCUUUAUCUUUCCUCUCUCGUGUUUCUUCGUGUGCUCGAAUCAUCGGAUGUGUAUGCAUCAUCCAUCGUACUUCUCUAUUUCUUCUCUCAAUCUCUGGAAGUAGAGAAGUUGUGUUGAAAUGGCAACCCUAAGAUCGAGCUUGCCGUUGCGGCUGCGGCAUCUCUUAUCGGGUGAAGGAGCAGUCGGUCCUUCUCUUAAACUUGACUCCGAGCCGCCUCCUAAAAUUAAAGCAUUCAUUGACAAAGUUAUUAAGAGUCCAUUACAUGAUAUAGCGAUACCUCUUUCAGGAUUUCGAUGGGAAUACAAUAAGGGAAAUUUUCACCAUUGGAGGCCUCUUUUUCUACAUUUUGAUACAUAUUUCAAGACAUAUAUCUCUUGUAGGAAAGAUCUCUUAUUGGAUAAUAUUCCAGAGGAUGAUGGCCCACUUCCGAAGCAUGCAGUCCUGCAAAUUUUAAGAGUGAUGCAAAUAAUAUUGGAAAACUGCCAUAACAAGAGUUCAUUUAGCGGUCUAGAGCAUUUCAAGCACCUUCUUGCAUCAACCGAUCCUGAAAUUCUCAUAGCUACGUUGGAGACUCUUUCUGCACUAGUUAAAAUCAAUCCCUCAAAGUUACAUGUGAGUGGAAAGUUGAUUGGAUGUGGCUCAAUAAACAGCUAUCUCCUUGCUCUAGCGCAGGGAUGGGGAAGCAAAGAAGAAGGCUUGGGUUUAUAUUCAUGUGUCAUGGCCAAUGAGAGAAUCCAAGAUGAAGGUUUAUGUUUAUUCCCAUCUGAUGUAGAGAGCGAAUCUGACAAGUCUCAUUAUCGGUUGGGUUCAACCCUUUAUUAUGAAUUUCAUGGGGUAAAUGCUCAGAGUGCUGAGGAAAGCAGUUCGGGGGCAAAAGCUUCCAACUUGCAAGUUAUAAAUAUUCCAGAUUUACAUAUGAGGAAGGAGGAUGACUUGCAGCUUCUGAAACAGUGCAUUGACCAAUACAUUGUGCCUCCAGAGCACAGGUUCCCUUUGCUGACCCGUAUUAGAUAUGCCCGGGCCUUUCGUUCUCCGAGAACCUGCAGGCUGUACAGCAGGAUUUCUCUUCUUGCUUUCAUUGUGCUUGUUCAGUCUAAUGAUGCUCAUGAUGAACUUGUAUCUUUUUUCUCAAAUGAGCCAGAGUAUACUAACGAGUUAAUCAGGAUUGUGCGGUCUGAGGAAGCCAUUUCUGGAACUAUUAGAACACUUGCUAUGCUUGCACUGGGAGCACAAUUAGCUGCUUAUUCAUCAUCCCAUGAGAGAGCAAGGAUAUUGAGCGGAUCAAGCAUCAUUUCUGCUGGGGGGAACCGUAUGAUUCUUCUAAAUGUGCUCCAGAAAGCUGUCUUGUCAUUGAAUAACUCCAAUGAUCCUUCUUCUCUAUCUUUUGUUGAAGCACUUCUGCAGUUCUACCUUCUUCAUGUUAUAUCUUCUUCAAGUUCUGGGAGUUCUAUAAGAGGAUCAGGGAUGGUUCCCACACUAUUGCCUCUACUGCAGGAUGUAAAUUCUACUCAUAUGCAUCUCGUAUGUUUUGCUGUAAAAACUCUACAAAAGCUCAUGGAUUACAGUAAUGCAGCUGUUUCCUUGUUGAAAGAUCUGGGGGGUGUAGAUCUCCUGUCUCAGAGAUUGCAGACAGAAGUGCAUAGGGUUAUUGGUCUGGCUGUUGCAGAUGAAAACUCUAUGGUUAUUGGUGAUUAUUCAAGAUAUGAUGAUCAGUUGUACUCCCAGAAGCGGCUCAUCAAAGCUUUACUAAAGGCACUAGGUUCUGCUACCUAUGCACCUGCAAAUUCUUCAAGGUCUCAAAACACUCAAGACAGUUCUUUACCUGCCUCUUUGUUACUGAUUUUUGGCAAUGUAGAGAGGUUUGGAGGUGAUAUAUAUUUCUCAGCAGUAACUGUAAUGAGUGAAAUCAUCCACAAGGACCCUACUUGUUUCAAUUCCUUACAUGAGAUGGGUCUUCCUGAUGCCUUUUUAUCUUCAGUAGUCGCUGGAAUACUCCCUUCUUCAAAAGCUCUUACAUGUGUUCCUAGUGGUCUUGGUGCGAUAUGUCUUAAUGCAAAAGGUCUGGAAGCAGUUAAGGAAACUAUGGCUUUGCGGUUCCUUGUGGACAUUUUCACCACCAGGAAAUAUGUGAUAGCAAUGAAUGAAGGUGUUGUCCCUUUGGCAAAUGCUGUGGAGGAGCUUUUGCGCCAUGUGUCUUCAUUGAGAACCACUGGUGUUGAUAUAAUAAUUGAAAUUAUUGAUAAGAUUGCUUCAUUAGGGGAUGAUACAUGCUCAGGAUUACUGGGGAAAGUGGAUGGGAGUACUGCAAUGGAGACUGAUUCUGAGGAAAAAGAUCAUGAAGGGCAUGCCUGUCUGGUUAGUGCAAUGGAUUCAGCUGCUGAUGGUAUCAGCAAUGAGCGGUUCGUUCAACUAUGUAUCUUUCAUGUGAUGGUACUGGUUCACAGAACAAUGGAAAAUUCCGAAGCUUGUAGGUUAUUUGUGGAGAAGAAGGGCAUUGAAGCUUUGAUGAAGCUUCUUCUGCGACCUAGUAUUGCACAGUCAUCUGAAGGAAUGUCUAUUGCUUUGCAUAGCACUGUGGUUUUUAAGGGUUUCACGCAACAUCACUCUGCUGCAUUGGCACAUUCAUUUUCUUCUUCAUUGAGGGACCAUUUGAAGAAGGCUUUAACUGGAUUUAGCUUGUCUUCUUGUUCAUUUUUGUUGGACCCUAGGACUACACCAGAUAAUGGGAUCUUUCCUUCACUUUUUGUCAUUGAAUUUCUCCUAUUUCUUGCUGCUUCUAAGGACAACCGUUGGGUGACUGCAUUGCUAAUGGAACUUGGAAAUGAAAGCAAGGAUGUUCUGGAAGAUAUUGGGCGUAUCCAUCGGGAAGUUCUAUGGCAAAUUGCUUUGCUUGAAGAUGCAAAGGUUGAGAUGGAGGGUUCUGGUUCCGUUUCUACCACUGAGUCACAAAAAUCAGAUGGGAAUUCAAAUGAAACUGAAGAGCAAAGAUUCAACUCAUUUAGGCAGUUCCUUGAUCCAUUAUUGAGAAGAAGGACAUCGGGCUGGAGUGUUGAGUCUCAGUUUUUUGAUCUUAUAAAUCUGUACCGUGAUCUUGGUCGUGCAACUGGUGUCCAGCAGAGAUUUGGUGAGGAUGGACCCUCUAAUCUGCGCUUUGGUUCAGGUAACCAAUUGCAUCGAACUGGUUCUUCUGAUGCUGCUCGCAAAAUGGAAAGUGAUAACCAGAAAUCCUACUAUUCAUCCUGCUGUGAUAUGAUGAGAUCACUUUCAUUCCACAUCAGCCACCUCUUUCUGGAGUUGGGAAAAGUAAUGUUGCUUCCUUCUCGUCGACGGGAUGAUUCUUUGACUUUGUCCCCUGCUUCAAAAUCUGUAGUUUCUACUUUUGCCUCCAUUUCAUUAGAGCACUUGAACUUUGAGGGUCAUCUAGAUCCUUGUAGAUCAGAGGUAUCUGUAUCAACAAAGUGUCGUUACUUCGGCAAAGUAAUUGAAUUCAUUGAUGGCAUCCUGCUCGAUAGGCCAGAUUCCUGCAAUCCAAUUUUGUUGAACUGUUUUUAUGGUCAUGGGGUUGUUCAAGCAGUGUUGACCACUUUUGAGGCUACCAGUCAAUUGCUUUUUGCUGUUAAUAGACCUCCUGCAUCUCCAAUGGACACCGAUGAUGGGAACCAAAAACAAGAUGAGAAGGAAGAAACAGAUCACACAUGGAUAUAUGGUCCUUUGGCUAGCUAUGGUACACUUAUGGACCACCUGGUGACAUCAUCUCUCAUCUUAUCUUCUACCAAACAUUUGCUUACACAACCUCUUACAAAUGGAAAUGUUACUUCUCCUCGAGAUGCUGAGACUUUUGUAAAGAUCCUCCAAUCUAUGGUACUGAAAACUGUGCUUCCUAUUUGGACCCAUCCUCAGUUUACUGAGUGCAGUUAUGAGUUCAUUACAACUAUUAUUGCUAUCAUGAGGCACAUAUAUUCUGGUGUUGAAGUGAAAAAUGUCAAUGGCAAUGGUGGGGCUCGUAUAACUGGUCCUCCUCCAAAUGAAUCAGCUAUUUCAACAAUUGUUGAGAUGGGCUUUUCCAGGUCUAGGGCAGAAGAGGCUCUGAGGCAAGUGGGAACAAACAGUGUGGAGAUGGCAAUGGAGUGGUUGUUUUCACAUCCAGAGGAAGUCCAAGAGGAUGAUGAAUUGGCACGUGCUCUUGCCAUGUCCCUGGGGAAUUCUGGAACACCAGCAAACGAAGAUGCUGCAGAUGCAAGUGGUGCAGAUCAAGAAGAACAAACAGUUCAGCUUCCUCCUGUUGAGGAGUUGUUAGCAACAUGUGCCAGGCUUCUGCAGAUGAAGGAACCUGUAGCAUUUCCAGUUAGGGACUUGCUUGUGAUGAUAUGCUCGCAAGAUGAUGGUGAAUGCAGGCACAAAGUUAUCUCCUUCAUUAUCGAUAAUGUGAAACUUUGUGGUUCAGUUUCUGAUGGUGGUAACCCUAAUAUGCUAUCUGCUCUUUUUCAUGUUCUUGCGUUAGUUCUUCAUGAUGAUGCAGCAGCACGAGGAAUUGCCUCCCAGAAUGGCCUGGUAACGAUUGCUUCGAGUUUGCUUUCUCAGUGGGACCCUAGUUUGCACUAUAGAGGAAAAAUUGAAGUGCCAAAGUGGGUGACAGCAGCUUUUCUUGCAAUUGAUCAGCUGUUGCAGGUGGAUCAAAAAUUAAAUUCUGAAAUUUCAGAACAGUUGAAGAAGGAUGAAAUUAGUAGCCAACAAAAUUCUGUUACUGUGGAUGAGGAGAAGCCAAGCAAUUUACAAUCUGCAUUGGGGCUGUCUCCACGUUAUAUAGAAGUACAUGACCAGAAGCAACUGAUUGAGAUUGCUUGUAGAUGCAUUAAGAGCCAGCUUCCUUCUGAGACAAUGCAUAUUGUUCUUCAGUUAUGUGCUACACUCACAAGAACUCAUUCUGUUGCUGUGAAUUUUCUUGAAGCUGGGGGUGUGCCUUCUUUGCUAUCUUUACCAACAAGUAGUCUCUUUUCUGGUUUUGAUAAUGUUGCUGCUACCAUUAUCCGCCAUAUUCUUGAAGAUCCUCAGACCCUACAACAAGCAAUGGAAUCUGAGAUACGCCACAGCCUAGUGGCUGCAACAAGUAGGCAUUCUAAUGGAAGGCUUACUCCCCGCAAUUUUCUUCUAAAUUUGGCUUCUGUCAUUUCUAGAGAUCCAGUUGUUUUUCUUCAAGCUGCCCAGUCUAUCUGCCAAAUUGAGAUGGUAGGUGAAAGACCUUAUGUUGUUUUGUUGAAAGAUCGGGACAAAGAAAAAUGCAAGGAUAAAGAGAAAGACAAGCAACAGAUGGCUGAUGGAAAGACUAUAUCUGGUGAUAUGAGUUCAAUUGCUCCUGGAAGUGGGCAUUGCAAACAUGCGGAUUCAAAUUCCAAGAAUGCCAAAGCUCACAGAAAAUCGCCACAGAGUUUUGUAAGUGUUAUUGAGCUCCUCUUGGAUUCUGUUAUAACUUUUGUGCCCCCUCAAAAAGAUGGCGUGAUAGACGGGUCAUCUUCAACAGACAUGGACAUUGAUGGUGCUGUGACUAAAGGGAAAGGAAAGGCAAUUGCCACUUCUUCUGAAGAGAGUGAAACCAAUGGUCAGGAAGCUUCUGCAUCUCUUGCAAAAACUGUAUUCAUUUUAAAGCUAUUGACUGAGAUAUUAUUGACGUAUUCUUCAUCUAUACAUAUUCUACUCCGAAGAGAUGCUGAGAUUAGUAGCUGCAGAGCUCCUCCUCAAAGGGGUUCCACUGGAAACUAUAGUGGAGGAAUAUUUCAUCACAUUCUUCACAAAUUUCUUCCAUAUUCUGGAAGCCACAAAAAGGAAAAGAAAUUAGAUGGUGACUGGAGGCAGAAACUAGCCACCAGGGCUAGCCAGUUCUUGGUGGCAUCUUGUAUUCGUUCCACUGAAGGGCGUAAAAGAGUUUUUACUGAGAUCAGCAAUGUAUUAAAUGACUUUGUUGAUUCAUCUAAUGGAUUCAGGCAACCUGACAGUAAUAUCCAUGCUUUUGUUGAUCUUCUCAAUGAUGUCCUAGUUGCUCGAUCACCUACUGGUUCAUAUAUUUCAGCAGAAGCUUCUGCAACUUUUAUAGAUGUUGGGUUGGUUAGAUCAUUGACUGGAAUGCUGCGAGUCUUGGACCUAGAUCAUGCUGACUCACCUAAGGUUGUUACUGGCAUCGUGAAAGCUCUAGAGUCGGUAACUAAGGAACAUGUCAAUUCUGCCGAUCUCAAUUCUGGGAAGGGUGAGCACUCAGAAAAGCCAUCCGAUCAGAAUCCACCUGGAAGAACAGAUAAUAGUGGUGAUCAGUUCCAGUCCUUGGAAACCACAUCCCAGCCUGAUCACAAUGAAGUUGCGGUUGAUAAUGUUGAACCCUUUACUGCAGUCCAAACUUCUGGCAGUUCAGAGUCUGUUACAGAUGAUAUGGAGCAUGACCGUGAUCUUGAUGGAGGUUCUGCUCCUGGAACUGAAGAUGAUUUUAUGCAUGAAACUUCUGAGGAAGCUGGUGGUCUUGAAAAUGGUUUGGAAUCAGUGGGGAUAAGAUUUGACAUGCCUCACAAUGUGCAAGACAAUCUUGUUGAUGAAGAUGAUGAGGAUAUGUCUGGGGAUGACGGAGAGGAAGAUGAGGAUGAGGAUGAUGAACAUAAUGAUUUGGAAGAAGAUGAAGUUCAUCACAUGUCUCAUCCUGACACAGAUCAGGAUGAUCAUGAAAUUGAUGAGGAUGAGUUUGAUGAGGAUGUAUUGGAAGAAGAGGAUGAAGAUGAUGAUGAUGAUGACGACGAGGGUGUGAUUCUCAGGCUAGAGGAGGGCAUCAAUGGAAUAAAUGUUUUUGAUCAUAUUGAAGUUUUUGGUAGAGAAAACAGUUUUCCCAAUGACACCCUCCAUGUGAUGCCUGUUGAAGUUUUUGGUUCUCGGCGGCAAGGGCGUACAACAUCUAUCUAUAAUCUUCUAGGAAGAACUAGUGACCAUGGGGCUCCUUCUCAGCAUCCUCUCCUGAUUGAACCUUCUUCCAUGCUGAAUCCAUCAUCUUUUAGACAAUCAGAGAAUAUGGCUAAUGCCCUCUUCUCAGAUAGGAGUUUAGAAAAUGCUUCAUCACGGUUAGAUACCAUUUUCCGGUCACUGAGAAAUGGACGACAUGGACAUCGCUUCAAUAUGUGGGUAGAUGAUAGCCAACAACGCAGUGGCUCAACUGCACCCGCAAUACCCCAAGGGCUUGAGGAGUUGCUUGUUUCUCGGCUUAGACGUCCAGCUCCUGAGAAACCUUCUGAUCAAAAUACAACUACGAAGGAACCUCAGGGCAAAGGGGAGGCCAGUCAGCCACAAGAAUCAGAAGCAGGAGUAAGGUCUGAUACACCUUUAGAAAGCAGAGUGAACAAUGGAAGCAUUACUGUUGCUUCCCCUGUUGCAAUGGAUGGAGGUGGCAAUGCUGAUGUGAGGCCAGCAGCUGACAGUUUCCAAGUAACAGAGGCAUCAGCUACACAAACUCAAGUUGUUGACAUGCAGUAUGAACGCAGUGAUGCAGUUGUAAGGGAUGUUGAGGCAGUGAGCCAGGAGAGUGGUGGAAGUGGAGCAACGUUAGGGGAAAGCCUACGGAGUCUAGAAGUAGAAAUUGGAAGUGUUGAUGGUCAUGAUGAUGGUGGAGAACGGCAAACUUCUGAAAGAAUGCCUUCGGGUGAUUUGCAGCCAACUCGAACAAGAAGAACAAAUUUAUCAUCAGGCAUAUCAAGCAAUGCUGUGCCAGUAAGCAGCAGAGAUGCAUCUCUUCAGAGUGUUAGUGAAGUAUCAGAAAAUCCUAGCCAAGGAGAAGACCAGAGUGGUCCAACUGAGGAGCAGCAAGUCAACACAGCAUCUGAUUCUGGAGCAAUUGAUCCUGCAUUCCUGGAUGCUCUUCCUGAGGAUUUGAGGGCUGAGGUUCUUUCAGCUCAACAGGGUCAAGCUGCACAACCAUCAAACUCUGAGCCUCAAUCUGUUGGAGAUAUUGAUCCUGAAUUUCUUGCAGCUCUUCCCCCAGAUAUCCGUGCAGAAGUUUUAGCACAACAACAAGCUCAGAGACUUCAUCAAUCACAAGAAUUGGAAGGCCAACCAGUUGAGAUGGAUGCUGUCUCAAUAAUUGCUACAUUCCCUUCAGAUUUAAGAGAAGAGGUCCUAUUAACUUCUUCUGAUGCUAUUCUAGCCAAUUUAACACCUGCUCUUGUUGCUGAGGCUAAUAUGCUACGUGAAAGAUUUGCACAUCGUUAUCAUAGCCGUAAUCUUUUUGGCAUGUAUUCAAGGAACAGAAGAGGGGAGUCUUCUAGACGGGGUGAAGGUAUUGGAUCCACCUUGGACAGAGCUGGCAUGAGCAUUGCUUCACGCAGAUCUCUUGGAGGUAAACUAUUAGAAGCUGAUGGGGCUCCUCUAGUGGAUAAAGAAGCUUUGAAGGCAAUGAUUCGACUGCUUCGCGUGGUUCAGCCCCUGUACAAGGGCCAAUUACAGAGACUUCUCCUCAACCUAUGUGCUCAUGCUGAAACUAGAACCAAUCUGGUGCAACUUCUGAUGGACAUGUUGAUGCUUGAUACGCGGAAGCCUAUCAGUCAUUUAAAUGGUGCUCCAGAACCUUCUUAUAGACUGUAUGCUUGUCAGAAUUACGUUAUGUAUUCGCGUCCUCAGUUUUUGGAUGGAGUUCCUCCACUUGUGUCCCGACGUAUUCUUGAAACUCUGACAUACUUGGCUCGGCACCAUCCCUCUGUGGCAAAGCUUUUGCUUCAGCUUGAGAUUACACAUCCGUCCACACAAAAGUUUGAGAGUUCUGAUCAGGGUCGUGGAAAAGCUGUGAUGAUUAUUGAGGAAGUUGGAAAAAAGGCACAGCAAAAAGGGGAUUAUUCCAUUGUCUUGCUUUUGAGUCUAUUAAACCAGCCACUCUAUCUGAGGAGUAUAGCUCAUCUAGAACAGUUGCUAAAUCUAUUGGAGGUUGUUAUUGAUAAUGCUGAAAACACAUCCAGCUUAUCCAGCAAGUCUGAGCUAUCCCCUGCCAGACAACAAUCUGGUCCUCAGGCUGCAAUUCCUGAUAGUGAAGCUGGUGGAUCUUCUUCUGGUGAUGUCAAAUUUUCCAAGGCUGAUGAACACUCUAAACCGGCAAUUUCUUCUCUACAUAAUGAAUUUGAUGUUCAAACUGCACUACUCAGCUUGCCCCAAGCAGAACUUAGACUUCUAUGUUCUCUGCUUGCACGUGAGGGUUUGUCAGAUAAUGCUUAUGUUCUUGUGGCUGAGGUAUUAAAGAAAUUGGUGGCCAUUACUCCAACUCAUUGCCAUCUAUUUAUUACUGAGUUAGCAGAUUCUAUCCAAAACUUGACCAGAUCUGCAAUGGAUGAACUGCACACCUUUGGAGAAGCAGAGAAAGCACUCCUGAGUACAAAUUCUACUGAUGGAACUGCUAUACUGAGGGUUCUCCAGGCAUUAAGCUCUCUUGUUGCGUCACUCCAUGAGAAAGAGAAAGAUCAUCAAGUUAUCCCUGAAAGAGAGCAUAAUGAUGCCCUUUCUCAGGUAUUGGAGAUAAAUGCUGCUUUGGAGCCCUUAUGGUUGGAGUUGAGCACAUGCAUAAGCAAAAUAGAGAGCUACUCCGAUUCUGCUCCUGAUUUGUCCACUGCAUCUAGAACUCUAACACCAAUAACUACAGGUGUAAUACCUCCACUUCCAGCAGGUACCCAAAACAUAUUGCCAUACAUAGAAUCUUUCUUUGUGACAUGUGAAAAGUUGCACCCUGGGCAGUCAGGCACAGUUCAAGACUUCAGCAUUGCUGCAAAUUCUGACAUUGAAGAUGCAAGCACUUCUGCUGCACAACAGAAGGCUUUGGGUUCCCUUACAAAAGUUGAUGAGAAACAUUUUGCUUUUGUCAAAUUCACAGAAAAGCAUAGAAAGUUGUUAAAUGCAUUCAUCAGGCAAAAUCCGGGGUUGCUAGAAAAGUCUUUCUCUCUAAUGCUUAAAGUUCCACGUUUCAUUGAUUUUGACAACAAACGAGCCCAUUUCCGUUCAAAAAUAAAGCAUCAGCAUGAUCAUCAUCAUAGUCCUUUGAGAAUAUCGGUGAGAAGAGCAUACAUUCUUGAAGAUUCUUAUAACCAAUUGAGGAUGCGCUCAACUCAAGAUCUGAAGGGAAGAUUAACUGUUCAUUUCCAAGGUGAGGAAGGUAUUGAUGCUGGUGGGCUUACAAGGGAAUGGUAUCAGUUGUUGUCCAGGGUUAUAUUUGACAAGGGAGCCCUACUUUUUACAACCGUGGGCAAUGAAUCAACAUUUCAGCCAAAUCCUAAUUCUGUCUACCAAACUGAGCACCUUUCAUACUUCAAGUUCGUUGGGCGGGUGGUUGGAAAAGCAUUGUUUGACGGACAACUUCUGGAUGUCCAUUUCACCCGGUCCUUCUACAAGCAUAUCCUAGGGGUUAAAGUAACUUAUCAUGACAUUGAAGCUAUAGAUCCUGAUUACUUUAAAAAUCUGAAGUGGAUGCUUGAGAAUGACAUAAGUGACAUUUUGGACCUUACUUUUAGCAUGGAUGCGGAUGAGGAAAAGUUAAUAUUGUAUGAGAGAACAGAGGUAACUGACUAUGAGCUGAUCCCUGGAGGACGAAACAUUAGAGUUACUGAGGAUAAUAAGCAUGAAUAUGUUGAUCUUGUUGCUGAGCAUCGGUUGACCACUGCUAUUCGUCCUCAAAUAAAUGCAUUUUUGGAAGGCUUCAAUGAGUUGAUUCCACGUGAUUUGAUAUCUAUCUUUAAUGACAAGGAAUUGGAGUUAUUGAUUAGUGGGCUUCCAGAUAUUGAUUUGGAUGACAUGAGAGCAAAUACUGAGUAUUCUGGAUACAGUGCUGCAUCUCCUGUUAUUCAAUGGUUUUGGGAAGUUGUCCAAGGUUUCAGCAAGGAGGAUAAAGCCCGUCUCCUGCAGUUUGUGACUGGCACCUCAAAGGUACCUUUGGAAGGUUUCAGUGCAUUGCAAGGAAUUUCAGGCUCACAAAGAUUUCAGAUUCAUAAAGCUUAUGGGAGCCCUGACCACUUGCCUUCUGCCCAUACAUGUUUCAACCAGCUGGAUCUACCAGAGUAUCCAUCUAAACAACAUCUGGAGGAGAGACUACUCCUUGCAAUUCAUGAGGCCAAUGAAGGUUUUGGUUUUGGUUGAAACCAUUCACGUCAAACAUAAUCAUGUAGAUAAUUGUGUUUAAAGAGAAAAAGGGAGAGGGAGGCAAAAGAAGGGCAAAAUUUGAAAGUGGGAAGAGAACCAGAGUUGAUAAAUGUUAAUUUACUGUACAGUAUUUUUAUUUUAUGUUUUCUCGAGAAAAUGCCUGUGGCAGUUUUGUAUUUGCCAAUUCAUCUUUUCAUCCUUCUUAUCAUCAUUCUCACUCUGAUUUUCAUAUUUUCUUUUUGAUAUUUUUAUAGUUAUAAUGUGGAAGUUGUGC